AUGGAGCCAGACAUGAAUAAAACGAAGCCCAGCGAAGAAUACUUGGUCAACAUGGCCAUUGUAUUCAUGUUUGCUGGUGGAGAGACCACAGCGUAUGCCUUGUCUCAUGCGGUGUACUACCUGCAGCGCAAUCCCUCUGCAUUAUCAAGUCUCAAGGAGGAGUUGCGGGGCGCUGAGAACCAUAUCAAAGACCACGACUGGAAGACGCCGUUAUCAAAGAAACACUGCGCCUACGUCCUCCAGUACCAGGAUUCCUCCCAAAAGUCGUUCCGACGUCGGGGGCAUCUGUGA